AAAAAGGCCAAGAAGAAGGAGGGAGGAAGCUCCAAUGUCUUCAGCAUGUUUGAGCAGAACCAGAUCCAGGAGUUCAAAGAGGCAUUCACAAUAAUGGACCAGAACAGAGAUAGCAUUAUUGAUAAGAGUGACCUGUGGGACACAUUUGCUGCUCUGGGUCGCCUCAGCGUUGGUAAUGACGAGCUUGAUGAGAUGCUCAAGGAGUCCUCAGACCCCAUCAAUUUCACUGUAUUUCUCACCAUGUUCGGUGAAAAACUCAAAGGAACCGACCCCGAGGAGUCGAUUCUCAAUGCAUUCAAGGUCUUUGACCCAGAAGCAACAGGAGUCAUGGGGGGGGGAGGAGUAAGAGAUCACCUCAUGUCACAAGCUGACAAGUUUACAGAGGCUGAGGUAAAUCAGAUGCUUACGAACCUGCCCUUGGAUGUUGCUGGUAACCUUGACUACAAGAGCCCGUGCUAUGUAAUCACCCACGGAGAGGACAAAGAGGAGUAAAA